AUGCAGACAGAUGACGCUAACCAAGAACCCGCUGAGGCCAAAAACUGUAUAUGGAUCGCUCUUCCACGUAUCCCACCUCCCAAUCAGCUAACUGAGAAAUGUGAGAAUCUCCUUAAAAAGGAGGAAAACGACGACGAAAACAACGAUGAUUCAUGGCUUUUCUCCUUUACGGCAUCAUCAAUCCCUUUAUCUGCAAUAUCUGCUAGAUUAAACCCGCCAAAAAACUCGACCGGAAAGUUACUUGCAAAUUCUAGCAAGUCUAAAACUAUGGUCCUAUCUGGACUUUUUCAGCUACUUGAUUCUCCUCUAGAAAAAUACAACUUGACACGAUUACUUGUCCCACAACGCUCGAGAGGAACACUAUUGUCAAAGCACCAACUUAUAAAAAAUUUGUACAAAUAUACAAAAACCGAUAAUGUCAAAUCGGGUGUUCUUCGGGCAAUGAUCGAUUCCAUCAAAAUUGGGAAACCAACAGAAUCACCCACACCUGAUUUUCUACUGGGUAUAAUAUCUGUUUUACAAAGUUACUGGGAAGAAUGUGUUUUGCUAAAAAAUACAGAUUUUGUUAGAUUCACAAAAGUCUCUGCUAAAUAUGACAAUCAGAUCACAUUGGCAAAUUUAAGUGUAGAGCUUGAUAAUUUGCUUGGUGCCCGUGCAGAAUCGAGCAAAAUUGAUGGUUUGUUUCCUGCAUCUGAAAAUUUAUUUGACAUGAUGUAUGUAAUAGGAAAAUCCUCAAGUUCUAAGGUCAGCCUCAACGAAGAAAGGCCACGACUAACAAUUGAAAUGGUUCUAUCUUGUAUUCUUAACAAGUCUACUAUAAGUGAGCGUGUUGUUUUCAAUGCAAUAUGUUUGAGACCCAAAGGAUUGGCCUCUGCAAUAUGGUACUCAAGGUCCAAUUUGUGGGAUGUUAUAUAUGGCAUUGAGUACUUAAAAGCCAAGGAUCUCCCUUCCUGGAAAAAGAUGUUGGAUCUGACAAAAGACGGAGGCCUUAGACGUGGAGGGCAUAAUCUCGAUAAAUCAAAAAAGAGAGACACCACAAUUUUUGUGGUCAAGAUAUCUGUUGGUAUUCCAUUCUCAAUUAUGCGUUGCAUACGUAUGUAUGAUGAAUAUGAUAGAAUCGUUGAAAAAAUCAGUGUAUACAAAGAUGGUAUCAGACAGGAAACAGAGGGAUACUGCAUUGAAGAGAAGCUCGAUGGGGAAAGAUCUUGUUUGCACAUAUGGAGAGAUCCAACAAAUCGUGACAAAAUCUGGACUCGAUAUUACAGUAGAGGACAUGUUGUUCAAGUUUGGUAUGGUUCGUACGUGGGCGACCCAGAUGGUAUAAUAUCGAAAUAUUUGAAGCAUGAAUGGUUUGAAAACAUUGAAGACAUGAUAUUAGAUGGUGAGAUGAUUACAUUUGAUGAGACCCAAAACAGGCUUUUGGGAUUUCAAGAUGUCAAAACCUGUUCUGAGAUGUCAAGAAAUGCCAUCAGAGAGGGUAAAGAUUUGAAUGAUUUCAAAGUCUACAAUAAGCUACUUGUUUACGACAUCUUGUAUUUGAAUGGAGAAAGUUUACAGUUAACAUAUUUGAAGGAAAGAAAGACAAAAUUAUUGCAAACCUUCCGAAAACUAGAGGAGAACAAUUUUAAGUUCAUACAAGUCCAUAAGUGGAAUGUUGGAUACAAUGCCAACGAUUUACAGAUUGCCAUGGACAAUAUCAUUAAUAGAAACAGUGAGGGUUUGGUCAUAAAACAUUGGCAAUCAUACUAUUUUGUUGGAAAGCACUCACCUAGAUGGAUCAAAUUAAAGCCUUACUACUUAAUGAAUUUUAUUGACGAACUUGACAUCACAGUAAUAGGUAAAGAAGGUUCUAACUAUAUCUGUGCAUUAUACGGUGAUAGUGCUGAUGACAAAUAUAGAGAAUGGUUUGUUAGUUUUUGUUUGGUUCGGUUUGGUUUAUCCAAUGAAGUAUCAACCUACAUAGAUGACAAAACAGAAGGACAUUGGAUUCCAUACAAGAGGUACGAAUCUGAUAUUGAUAUGCAAGAACAUCAUGUGCGGUUCGGUAAGCUUAAACCACACUACUGGAUUUAUCCGGAGAAUAGUGUAGUAAUUACCGUCAAGGCGAAAAGCAUUGAAAAUUUGGCGAAUGGUUCGGAAAACAGAUUCGUUCUUGACACUACUCUUCGAUUUCCGUAUUGCAUUGGAGUCCGAUAUGAUAAGGAUUAUCUUGAAUGCGAUACUAUAAGUGAUUACAGGGAGAAGAUAAAAAACCAAGGCAGAAAAAACCCGUUUGAGGAAAAUGAAAGGAACUUUGUGAAACAUAGACGGAUUAAAAUGGAGACUAAGAUGGAUAUUGCAUUAAGAAAAGUUAAUAGAAGUUUUAUCCAAACUUUUAUCAAGAAAGAUGAUUUGUUCUCAAAUGUCACGUUUUGCGUGAAGACAGAUUGCAUAAUGAAUGGUGAGUGGUUGCCAUUAAACGAGAUAAAUGGUAUUUUAGAGUCUCAUGGGGGUAGAAUCACAUCAGAUCCUAGGCAUACUUUUGGAAAUAGACUGCUGGUAAUUGCCGAUAAAAACACUUUGUUGGUGAACGAGCUACGCAAAAAGUACAAUAUAUUCAGGUUGAAGUGGUGUGAAGACUGUAUAAGAAGCCAGAGGCAGGUCCUUUUAGAUCCAUCUCACUGCCUGGCGGUAGAUGAAGAAACCAAAGGACAGAGUGAGAAAGGCAUCGAUCAAUUUGGGUGCAACUACACAGUACAGUACAAUGAAAAAGGCUUGUGGGAGCUUUCCGAGAAUUAUGGGGAAAAAACCAGCGAAAAACGCCUGGACAGGGAUCAAUGUGACAAGCUGCAGUUUCAGUUUUACCAAAAGAAAUUUGUACUUUUAGGCUAUGACGAAAGUACUAGUUUCCAGCGACAGAUAUUGGAGAUACAGAUUGAGAUCCACGGAGGUGAGGUCAUAUUGGAGGCGAAGGAUGCAGACUACAUCGUCAUUUCAGAUCUUGGCACAGACGAGUACAGUUUGAAAAUUCAACAGAAUGCCCCUGUUUUAAGUGCUGCUGAACUACUGAAACAGUGUGGGUACGACGGAGAUGAUACAGCCUGUUCUCCGAGAUCUCCAGUGUAG